CAGGAACCCAAAAGGGGCCACUAUUGAUUAAGAAAACGGGUUACCCGGGUUAAACGUGUGGCGCCCAUGUUCCCAAAUCCGUUCAUUUCCCAUUGAAAAUCUGUCCUUGAUCCUUCAAUCCGCUGCGCCCAAGUGUGCUAUGCAUAUGAGUUCUGGCGGCCUUUAAGCUCUUUGGACAGCAGGUAGAGAUAUCUUUCUGCAAAAUUGUGGCGCCGAUUUCAUACAAGCGUGAAUAACUACAAGAACAAGUUAGUUAGUUACACUAUGGGAGCUCUUCAGGCAGCGGUUUCCUUCAAUCAUCUUGGCUUUGGCAUUUCAUCCACCGUUUCGACUCCCCGCAGUUGGCCUUCUUUCACUCGACGCCGCCAUGUCGUGUUCGCCGCAGCUGAACCGUCUGAGCAAUCUGUUGAAGUAAUGAGGAAGUUUUCGGAGCAGUAUGCUAGGAGGUCUGGAACCUACUUCUGUGUUGACAAAGGGGUCACUGCUGUUGUUAUUAAGGGACUGGCGGAACACAAGGACUCACUGGGCGCUCCGCUCUGCCCCUGCAGGCACUAUGAUGAUAAAGCUGCAGAAGUGCAGCAGGGCUUCUGGAACUGCCCUUGUGUACCUAUGAGAGAGAGGAAGGAGUGCCAUUGCAUGCUUUUUCUUACACAUGACAAUGAUUUUGCUGGGAAAGAGCAGACCAUUUCUAUGGAGGAGAUCAAAGAAACAACGGCGAAUUUGUGAUGAUAUUUGUCAUUUGUUAUAUUUGUAGUGCCAUUUUACCAAUCAACUACUCAAAUCACCAAACAGUGAGGGUGAUUGGGUGAGGUUUGAGAGGUGGGAGGAUAUAAAUUCUAUACUAUAACCUCAUCAAAGAUCCACUCUUAAUGAUUCUCUUCCAUGAGCUUGAUGUUUAUACAAAUAUCCGUUGUAGAAUAAAUAAAUCAACCAAUCAGGUUUCUUGUUAUGCCCGUUGUCGUUGACGUAUACUCUCAUAAGGAGUGUUUGCUAAUGCUUAAUUUAAGCACUUCUCAGCUUUUAGCUUAAAA